AAGUUUUGUUGUGUUGUGUGCCAUUGUUUCACUUUCUCUCGGUAAUGGCGUCGUUGAAAAUGAUAGACAUAGCAGUUAACUUCACAGAUGGGAUGUUCAAGGGACUUUACCAUGGGAAGAAGUGUCAUGUUCCCGAUAUUGCCACUGUCUUGAACCGGGCUUGGUCUGCUGGAGUCGAUAGAAUCAUAGUAACUGGUGGGUCAUUGGAAGAAUCAAGGGAAGCUCUUGCAAUUGCAGAAACUGAUGGUAGGCUGUUUUGCACUGUUGGUGUUCAUCCAACUAGAUGCAAUGAGUUUGAAGAGACUGGUGAUCCAGAAAAGCAUUAUCAGGCUCUUUUUUCAUUGGCCAAAGAAGGAAUGCAGAAAGGGAAGGUGGUAGCAAUUGGUGAAUGUGGAUUGGAUUAUGAUAGGCUUCAAUUCUGUCCAGUUGAUAUCCAGAAGAAGUACUUUGAGAAGCAAUUCGAACUAGCAUAUGCUACAAAGUUGCCAAUGUUUCUACACAUGCGAGCAGCUGCUGAAGAUUUCUGUGAAAUUGUUGAGAGAAACAAGAAUAGGUUCCCUGGAGGAGUUGCUCAUUCAUUUACUGGUAGUGCAUUGGACCGCGAUAAGCUUCUCUCUUUCGAUAAAAUGUACCUUGGUGUGAACGGCUGCUCGUUGAAAACAGCUGAGAAUCUUGAUGUAAUGAAAGGAAUACCGAUAGAGAGGAUGAUGAUCGAAACCGACUCUCCAUAUUGUGAUAUCAAGAACACACACGCUGGAAUCAAGUUUGUAAAGUCGACUUGGCCUUCCAAGAAAAAAGAGAAGUAUGAUCAAGAAUCCCUUGUCAAAGGCCGAAACGAGCCUUGUUUAGUUCGGCAAGUUCUUGAGGUGGUAGCUGGCUAUAAAGGACUUGGUGAUAUAAAUCAAGUUAGCUCAACCUUGUACCACAACACUUGCAGAGUUUUCUUCCCUCAGGACUUGGAUUCUGCUGCAGAUGCUCUGCUUUCUGGUCACCACGAGACCGACUAGCAGCCGGUAAUCAUGACAUAAAUUCGCGUUUAUCGGAAUCAAGAUAUGUUACAUUACACCAUUUAUGGAUUAAAAGCAUUCUCAAUAAAAAUUACAAACAAUCUCUUGUUUUCUA